AUGCAUUUGAAAUAUUUUUAUACCAUUGCAUUAUUAUCACUUUUCCAUACUAGGAUUCAAGCUCAAAACUUUUAUGAUACCAAUCCUAAUAUAAUUGAAAUAAAUGCUAAAAAUUUCGAUAAAGUCAUUCAUCAGACUAAUUAUACCUCGUUAGUUGAAUUUUAUGCACCAUGGUGUGGAUAUUGUAAACAAUUGAAACCAACUUUCCAAAAAGUAGCUAAGAAAUUAAAUGGUGUAGUUCAAGUGGUGAGUGUGAAUUGUGAUUUGGAAAUGAAUAAACCAUUAUGUGCAUCCUAUGGUGUAGAAGGUUAUCCAACUUUGAAAGUGUUUAGACCACCAAAGGUAAAUUUAAAUAACAAUAAUAAUAAUAAUAAUAAUAAUAAUAAUAAUAAUAACAAUAACAAAAAGAAAAAUAGCAAGACGAAAAAAAACAACGUUAACUUACAUAAACAUGCUGUGGAAACAUAUAAUGGACAACGUAAUGUAGCACCAAUAGUUGAGUUUGUUUUAUCUAGAAUUAAAAAUUACGUUAAGAAUUUACCUCAUGUUGAAAAAUUGAAGACAAUUCUUGAUCGGAGUCAUCACAUUCUGCAUGGUAACGAUUCAACGAUAUCACGAUACUCUGUGGUAUUAUUUUCUUCCUCAUCAUCUAAAAAAGGUCGAAUAUCACCAACCUAUAAAAGUAUUGCAUUGGAUUGGUUAUCCGGUUAUGAUUUUUAUCAAAUCUCAAUUACAGAUGUACAACCAUUGAAAAAUACUGAAACUUUUUCAAAGACGUAUCCAAAUAUCAGUGAGUUCUUAACUGAAUUUACUGCUGGCCAAACGUCAGAGGAAAAGAGUCAAUUAGUCGUAUUUGAUGGUUUAAAUGAUAAAUAUUAUGUGUUUGAUGGUCCGGGAAUUACCAAGCUGGAAGUUUCUAGAUUCUUAACUAAGACACUUGGGGAACCUCCAAGGGAAGGCCCAUUAAGUAAACGUGAUAAGUUUUUGGAAGAUUUGAAAUUAAACAAAAAGAAAAAGAAAGGGCCCAAAAAGAAUAUGCAUGACGAAUUAUAA